UGUCCUUCAAAAGCAACAUGAAGAAACAGCAAGGCUUUUGGUUUCUGCUCUGGGUGUAUGUUUGCCGCAUUGGUCCCGCAUGUUGUUGGCACGACUUGGACAACAGCGAGUACGACUGCUGGCCUCUUGACGGACCCAACGAAUACAACAUGAUCGAUUGUGGAGGUCUGGAGAUGGCCUGGGUAGUCCGUCCUCCUGAGACGGUGAAGAGUGGCGAGUUCUUCAGCGUCACAUACUCGGUAGCGGCCCAGGACUCUUUCUACCACUGGGCUAUCGAAAACCACAUCUUUACACACAGUUCCAUAGUAAAUGCUGAAGCAGCUCAGAGGUUCUGCGAACAUCACGACUGUCCGGCCAACUGGAAAGACGCUGACGGAGAAAACUGCUGCAUUCAUCACGCUAACAUCCACUCCUGUCCAUUGGGAUACAUGACAUCAGAGAGCAUCUGUGGCCCCUGGAUUCCCGACGAUGGAAAAAUCUUCACACACACAAUCUCUACAUCCGGCAAGAUGACCCAGACCAACUGGACUGCCAAGGUGGUUUUGCUCCAUGCUGGUUUAACCUCACUCAUCGCUCACAUACGAGUUGGUCGCAUGCAGGUUGCUCUGGAGGCCAAGAGCACCGUGCUACCAGCUGUAGUUUGUGGUGAUGGUGUCUGUGAUGAGGCAGAGCUUUGUUCCACCUGUCCAGCUGACUGUGGUGAAUGCCCUAUGACCCCAGCCACCAAGCUGGCCAUCGGUCUGCCGCUCAGCCUGCUCUGCCUCUGCUUCAUACUGACUGCUGUCUGGCUGAGGUACCAGAAACAGAGGCUGUUGUGGGACGAGAGUUGGAUCAUCGACUUCUCUACAAUAAAACAAGAUCAGGAAGCUCGUAUGACCUUGGGCAGUAUAAUGAGUGUACCGGUAGGGAACAGUGGUGACAGUAACACCAGCUGCAUAACUGCUCUCAGCUCGUGUACGGGACAACAAGGGACCAGAAAAACACUGUUCACCUGCACCGGCAUAUAUGACGGCAGGACCGUGGCCAUCAAGAGGAUUCAAACAAAGACUUUCUCUCUGUCCAAAACCAUCAGACAGGAAGUCAAACAAGUCAGGGAACUCGACCACCCCAACCUCUGUAAGUUUAUUGGGGGGUGUGUUGAGGUACCAAACGUUGCCAUAGUGACAGAAUACUGCCCAAAAGGAAGCCUUAAUGACGUUCUUCUUAAUGAGGAGAUCCCGCUUAACUGGGGCUUCAGGUUUUCCUUCGCCACAGAUAUCGCGAGAGGGAUGUCAUAUCUCCACCAACACAGGAUCUGUCACGCUCGACUCAAGUCUCUAAACUGUGUCUUAGAUGACCGCUGGGUUUGUAAAAUAACAGAUUACGGACUGAGGACGUAUCGCAGGGAUGACGGGGCGGAGCCACUUUCCACUUAUCAGCAGAGGCUCUUGGAGGUGUACAUGCCACCCGAAUUUCAUAACUCUAACAUGGAGCCGACGCUGGCUGGAGACGUGUUUAGUUAUUCCAUCAUUCUGCUGGAGAUAGCCACUCGCAGCGACCCCGUCCCCGUCGAGGAGUCUAAUCUGGAGUGUUCCUGGUGUCCUCCUCUACCUGAACUGAUCUCUUGUAAGGCCGAUAACACCUGCCCAUGUCCUGCUGACUACGUAGAGCUGAUCCGGCGAUGUCGCUCUCAUAACCCCACCCACCGACCAACCUUUGAACAAAUCAGGAAGUUUGUUCACCGAAUCAACCCCGUUAAAGUCAGUCCGGUGGACAUGAUGAUGAACCUGAUGGAGAAGUACAGUAAACAUCUGGAGGUGCUGGUGACCGAGCGGACUCAAGAUCUGAUGCACGAGAAACAGAAAACUGACAGGCUGCUCUACAGUAUGCUUCCUAAACAGGUAGCUGACGACCUGCGCCAAGGAAAACCGUCACAGGCUCAGAGUUAUGUCAGCGCCACCAUCUUCUUCAGUGAUAUCGUGGGCUUCACUCAGCUGUCCAGCAGCAGCACUCCUUACCAGGUCGUGGAUUUCCUCAACAAACUCUACACGACGUUUGACGACAUCAUCGACAACUACGACGUCUACAAGGUGGAAACCAUUGGAGACGCCUAUAUGGUGGUGUCAGGCGUGCCCCAGGAGAACGGGAUCCUCCAUGCCUCAGAGAUCGCCAGCAUGGCUCUGGACCUGGUGGGGGUCUGUCGCACCUUCAGGAUCCCUCACAAACCCAAAACACAGCUGCAGAUACGAGCUGGGAUACAUUCUGGUCCAGUGGUUGCGGGGGUUGUAGGGACUAAGAUGCCUCGCUAUUGCCUUUUCGGAGAUACAGUCAACACGGCAUCUAGGAUGGAGUCCACCAGCCUGGCCCUGAAGAUCCAGUGCAGCUCCAGUGCAUUUUACCUGCUGGAGGAGAUUGGCGGCUACGCGCUGGAGUGCAGAGGGGUGCUGCAGGUCAAGGGGAAAGGUGACAUGGUAACUUACUGGUUGGAGGGGAAGAAGACUUCUCUGGUCUCCAAGGAGGUCAGCCCGGUCACCAAGACGACCAAACACAUCACCAUGGAGACGGAGAAAGAGAUGGAGAAAGAAGAGGAGCUGUAUUCAUCUAUGCCGGGGAUUCUGAACGACGAUCUGCUCCUGGAUCCGGCCUGAUCCGGAUCCAGGAGUUCAUCAGAUGAGUUCAGAUGAGUUCAUCAUCUGAUGCGAUCGCUUCAGUUGUCUUCAGCGAGUGACCACAGUUAGCCUGAAAAGUAUGUAUAAUGUGUUGCACGUUGUUAUAUGUUACAUGAAAGCAUCGUUUUAUUAUCUGGAAUUAAUCCAUUGGACAAUAAGAGUCCCGCAGCUAAAACACGUUAUCAUAACUGACAGCGAGUGUCCAUAAAUCUGACUAAUAAAACAGAACGUAAACAUAACAUAAACCUACAGGUGUUGACAACUGUCACCUUAAAUUACAUUUUCAUUUGACUCAGGCUUAUUACCUUUAUUUUUAUCUCUCCAUUUUUAGUAUAGGAAGAAUCCUCCGUUUUCUGAUCUGCCACUGUUUGAUCUUGCUGAUAAAACUCACCUCUUCCUCCAAGUUUACCUGCUGCCUUGAUAAAUUCGGUAUGAUGUACGUUUCCACAGCACUAAGUCAUCAGUACAACGACAGAUCAUAUUGUAGUCACAACCCUGCUGCUCUGAGUGUCUCUUUUUAAAACUACUUCUGUUUUCAUUCACUAAUUAUUUUCCAUCAGUUCAACGUCGCUGAUUUUAUUGUCUCGUGUUAAGGUACUGUCAAAGAAACGUUUCACAUUAAAAGCCUAGCAGCGGCUUACAGGGCAUAAUCCAUCCCUUUAACGGUAGGGUUUUAAUGUGAAACGUCCACAGGAAGUGGUGAGUUUCACUGACAUAAAGGCCCAGUCCCACCAGCAGUGACAUUUUGUGGUGGAAUCCACCCUGGGGGAAUUGCCUCCUUUCUAAACUUUCGGGUCGAGUUCCUCUUUGACGAACUUUGGCAGGUGAAUUUUUGCCUUUGACCAAUCACAGACCAUCCUGACAGAGCUGACCUUUGCGUGAACGGAGAGCUCAAAAUGGAGGAAGCUAUCGUAGCUUAUUCGCUGUGUAUCACCAUCCAGUUUUCUGAUGAAGCUCCUCUGUCAGAGAAUAAGCUGCUCCACAACAGAGACAUGGUCAUACCAAUACAGCUUUUCAGUAAACCAUGUGAUGGACGCUAAUCAAUAACUUUAUUUGCUCCUUAUUGAAUGAAACGAUGAACAAUGAUGAGUAAAUGACAGUACGGGAAAAAUAGAAAGAAGCUCAGGGAGCUGUCGGGGCUGACUAGCGCUACCAUGUUCCCGCCAGCCACAGUAGAUCGCCACCUAUCACAGAGUUUAUGGAAUCAAAUAUUCUGAGAGGACGCAUGAACGGAGAGAUUCAUUAAAUUAUAUUUUAGAGACUAAAGACUUUUGCCUACAAAGAUUUGGGAGAAACA